CGCAUAACAUCAAAACCCGCAUUUUACAACAAACUAUCACCCGGAAUCCUAUUUUCUUUGUCAGAAUUUACGUUUCAGAGUGACAGACGCGGGUUUUUGUCGCUCAUUGGGACCGUGCGGGCGGUGUUGUUUAUCUGUAGUAAAGGGGGACUUGAAACCGUCCUCCCUUGCCCCAUUUCCUCGGUUGUUUUCCUUCUCUCGCCUGGAUUCUCCAUGUUGUUGGUGCAAAAGUGACGGCAGAAGGGGGCUACUCGGCGGCUAUCACCACCAAAUAGCGGUACACCCGAGGAGACGGAGCGGGCAGAGUGUCAGAUAACCUCCGGAAAACAUAUCCAAGUGCCUCGCCCCCCCUUACCCCAUCCUUCCUCCUAAGGCAGCCGACUGAAGAACAAGAAGCAGCGGUUUUGGAGAAGAAAGGAACCAGGCAGGGACGAGAUAAAUCCGGACCAUAACUGAGGCGGGUCACACGGUAACCUCGGUGUAUACUGCUAGAGUCGCCUUAUCAAUUAAAAAAAACCCCAAUGAGGGACGCCCAUCAGUGCUCGGGGACAGGAUUUGAGGAUUUUGAGGGCUCUGUGAUUGUCAGAUGGAAAGUUCUGUUAUCACCCAAGUGCAGAAAGAAGACGUCCAAGUGUCACCGAAAGCAGGCCAGGUGAGCCGCUCUGCCCUGAAACAGCCUCGGAGCUGUAACAUCUUCAAAGCCCUCUUCUGUUGCCUCAAAGUCCAGGAUGGCCCCAAACCGCCGCCGCCACCUCUGCCGCCGCCUUCCCAACAUAGCCUGCUGGAGUCACAGGAAAAUGGGUCGGUCGUCAAGCUGUCGGAAGUUAGCCUCCUGCCUGAGGUGAAGGCCGAGGACCAGGGGAAGAUCUGCGUGGUCAUCGACUUGGACGAGACCCUGGUGCACAGCUCAUUUAAGCCCAUUAGUAAUGCGGACUUCAUCGUGCCGGUGGAGAUAGAGGGGACCACACACCAGGUGUAUGUUCUGAAGAGGCCGUACGUGGAUGAGUUCCUGCGGAGAAUGGGAGAAAUGUUUGAAUGUGUGCUGUUUACAGCCAGUCUUGCUAAGUAUGCAGACCCAGUGACAGACCUGCUGGAUCAGGGCAGCGUGUUUCGGGCCCGGCUGUUCCGGGAAUCUUGUGUGUUCCACCAGGGCUGCUACGUGAAAGACCUGAGCCGUCUGGGCAGGGACCUCACCAGGACCCUCAUCUUGGAUAACUCCCCUGCCUCGUACAUCUUUCACCCUAAUAAUGCUAUUCCUGUGGUGUCUUGGUUUGACGACGUGGAAGAUACCGAGCUGCUUAACCUUCUGCCCGUGUUCGAGGAGCUCAGUAAAGCCGAUAACGUUUACACCCAUCUGGACCAGCUUCGGGAACAGUAGUUCCCUCCCUCUUCGUAUACACCAGAUCCGCAUAUACCGAGAGAGAGAAAAAAACUCACUUUUUCCCUUUAUGUCACUGUGCAGCUGGGGAGCUACCCCAAACCUGGUGAUAUCCACAACCACUUUUUUUUUUCUUUAUAAAAUAAUCACUACAAGAAAGACUGGGAGUCAACCAAAGCCAUCCCAUCACAAUCACUCCAGCUGGUAUAGAAACGAAAAUGGAUCUUUUGCCAAAGCAGACAUCUGCCUGCCCUCUAUUGACUUUUGGACACAGUUUGCUUUAUUGUGCCUUUUAAGGAACAAGAGUAAAAAAAAAAACUUUUUUUUAAUUCCACCAGAUUUUUAUACAUUUAUAGAUUCCUUUUUGUGCAAGGAAAUCUAUUUUUAAAUGCUGAACAUUGUUUCUCUAUGCAACCCAGUUCGGUAAUAACAUGUUGUACCUCUUGUGGUUGGCAGAUGUGCACUUCUGAGAAAAAGUCUCAGCCACUUUACAGAUUUCUUCUACUUUUUCCUUUGGUUUCAAUUAACGUUUCAGAACAAGUUUUUUUAGACCAGACAGAAAUAACAUUAGGAAAUGUGGAUCAUGAUUUUUUAAGGGAGAAAAAGCAGCGGAAACCAACUUGGAGACCAAUUUAUCAAUUGCAAUUGAAAAUAAUCUCACCUGCUACACCCAGUUCUGAUAUAUAUCUAUAUAUACAUAUAUCUUUAUAUGUGAGAGAGUCUGGGCAGAUGACUUAAAUGGGAGAUCUCCAUGGUCCUGAGGGGUUCCCAAGGCUUCAGCAAACAUUUUGUUGACUGGAGCCAGAAGUUUAACUUUUUGCAAACUUCAGAGCUGCUGGCAGGUUUGGUUGACAGGGUUGAUCAUUCUAGGCCUGUGGUAUAAACAAGGCCACUUUCCGGAUCCUCCAACCAUCAGAUUCCACCUAAAGCAUCUUGAUUAACCCCAAGACUUUGGGAACAAUGGGAACGUUUAGUUGGAUCAGGUUCAGAUCAACACAGAAUCUGGGGGUUCUUCCAAAGACAAUCAUGUAGAGGUAAUAUUAUGGUCUGGGACUGUUUGGGACGACUUGCUGUGAUUAAUGGAGCGAAUGAUUAUUCUUUUUAGCAAUACAACCAGAAGAAUAAUCUAUAUCCGUUGGUUCUUGACCUUCAGCACAAUCAUCCAAACAAGAUGUCAUAGCAUUAGCUUAAUGGCUACAUUAAAAUAAUUCUCCAAAGUGGACCAAAAUACCUCUACAUUGCUGUAAAAAAAAA